AUGUCCACGGGAGAUGCUCAAGAUGCCAACAGCUCGAGCGAAGAGGAUUUUGACUGGGAAGAGGUUGAUGUGCCCGGGCAACAAGAGCCGGAACUACCGCAGCCAUACGGCGAAUUAGAGGUCCAGCUGGAGGCCCCGAAGAACAUUGAGAUUACCCUGCCUAGUGCGCGAGCAAAGAAGGGUGAGGGAUCGAAGAGGCAAGCUGGUACUGGUAUCUCACAUGCUGAGCGCAUGACAAGGGUAACAUGUCACAAGAUCCACACGGUGUGCAUGCUGGCGAACGCGAGGGUACGGAACAAGUGGCUGAAUGACGAGACUUUGCAAGCGCGUUUGUUGUCGUUGGUCCCCAUGUCUCUCCAGGACAACCUUGCAAUAAUACACAAAUCCCGCGUGCCAGAGCGUGCCAAGCGCGGGCGCAUGUUUGAAUCCGCUGUGGGUCGUAUCGCGACGUGGUGGGCAGAAACCUACUUCUCAGUGGACCGGACAGGUCACAUCGUCAACAGAACAUAUGAAGAUGUGGCUCGUGAGAUGGCAGAGGCGGGCAACGAUGAAGAACUAUAUAAUCGUGAUGACAUGGAAAUGAUCAGAAGCCCGAAGAGCCUCAUGAAACAUUUGCUUAUGCGACGCGGCUCGCGCGAUACGAGCUCACAGCUCUUCACUGCACUGUGCCGAGCGCUGGAUAUCCCGACGAGGCUUGUUGUCAGCUUGCAGAGUGUUCCGUGGAAGACGAGCUCUGACAAGAAGAAAGCUCCUAAGAAACCUUCCGCGAAAGGAAAGAGCAAGGAGAAGGCUACAAAUAUUGAGGACGAAAGCGAGGACGAUGAAGACAUGGAGCCUGUCGAUAUCCCGAUACCAGAUAUUAAGGGCAAAGGGAAAGCAAAAGCUACUGACGAAGAUGAAGACGCGAUGAAGAACAAUAUCAAACCUCGAAAGGGUAUGUCAAAGCCUCAUGUUGUUAAGCUACGCAAGAGCAAGUCUCAACAGCCGCGACCUCCAAAACCUCAAGCAUCAGAUCCGACCACUUCACCUCCUGUGUUUUGGACAGAAGUCUUUUCUCGAGCGGACUCGAUGUGGAUAGCUAUUGACCCCAUCCGCGGCAUUAUUGGAAAGCGACAGGUAUUUGAUCCGACGCCCUCUUCGACCUCAGGUCAGAGCAAACUGCCGCGGCGCCGUGAUAAUAUUAUGCUUUACGUUAUAGCGUUAGAGGAAGAUGGCUAUGGUCGCGACGUCACCGCUCGGUACGCCCGUGACUACACUGCAAAGGUUGCAAAGGUACAGGGUGCUCGUGCAUCAUCAGGAGGCCGUGGCCGGAGAGAGUGGUGGGAAAGGGUCAUUCAAGUGAUAACGCGGCCUUAUCGAUUGCAAAGAGACGAUCUCGAGGAUGACGAGCUGCGCAAUCAUCAACUCACCGAGGGCAUGCCAACCACAUUGGCUGGUUUCAAAGACCAUCCCCUAUAUGUCCUCUCGCGUCAUCUUAAACGUGACGAGGUCGUCGACCCGCCCGUAGAACUAGGAAAGUUCAGAGGCGAUCCUGUUUAUGCUCGAUCUUCGGUAGUCUCCCUAAAGACCGCCGAGAACUGGAUGCGCCAGGGUAGAGUGAUACGCGAAGGCUGUCAACCAAUGAAGAUGGUCAAGCAAAGGGCUAUGACGAUUGCGAAGCAACGUGAGAUCGAGGUGGCGAUGGAACGGGGCCAUAAUGGCGAAGAAGGGGAAGUGCUCCAAGGGCUGUACGCGAGGAACCAGACGGACUUGUACAAACCCCCGCCAAUUGAGAACGGCAAGGUUCCAAAGAAUGAUUUCGGCAAUAUAGAUUUAUACGUUCCAAGCAUGCUACCACCAGGCGGUGUCCACAUUCCCUUUAAAGGCGUCGCCAAGAUUGCACGGAAGCUGGGUUUUGAUUUUGCUGAGGCUGUGACGGGGUUCGAAUUUAGAAAGCGUAGAGCCGUUCCUUUAAUUGAAGGCAUCGUCGUUUCCGCCGAGAACGAAGCUGUCAUUGUGGAGGCAUUCUUAGCGGCUGAAGGAGACGCCGAAGAAAAGGCGAAGGCAAAGAGGUUAGAUCAAGUCCAUAAGCGAUGGGUACGACUCGUCCAAGGCCUUCGUAUUCGCCAACGGCUGCAAGCGCAGUAUGUGGACGCGGACAAUGGUAUUGGUGGAGAAAGCGCUGGCACAUCGAUCCAGGUGACCAUUGACCAGCCGCAGGUAAGGAACCUCCAAAGAUUGCCAGAAAGGGGUGUUUACAAGGGCAUGAAGCAGCCUGGCGGUUUCCUGAUCACUGCAGAUGAUGUGGUAGAACAGCACCAUUUGCCGAAGUCGCGCCACCGGGCUGACCCCGUACAAGUGGAUCAUGUCCAAGAGACCAAUGGCAGGGCAAUCUUGAUGUCCGAGUCGGAGGUCGUGUCUUCUGAAGAACCGGUGCCUGGGGUGCAGCUUGAGGACACCGUGGACGUAAUGGGAGUCGACGAUCUCCCAAAUGAAAGUAGGUCUGGCGUGCCGAUCACUAUGCAGGCGUUAGCAGAAGCGGCACACGCACACAAGGAUAUAUCUCAUGCUGGCCCCGAGGAGCUCUCAUCACGGGCUGCCGUUGCUACUGUGGCAAGCGGUGUUAGCACACCAGGGUCAUCAGCUCCUACGAAGAAAGUAAGUACACGAACUGCCCGAGGAAAGAGGAAGCGCGCGAGCGAGGGAAGUGAUGCAGAGUCCGACAAGCCAAAGGAGGAUGAGCCAACGCCUCGCAAACGACGCGGCGAGGCGGCCCCAGCCGCUGCUACGCCACCUUCCGGAAGGGUCUUGCGCCCUCGUGCGUCAAAGACAGCUAGUCAGUUGAAAGAAGGGAAAGGAAUAGAGCUAGCAUACCGGCGAGCGGUGGCGGAAUAA